AUGCCGCUCCAUCUCCUUGGCAAAAAGUCAUGGAAUGUCUACAACUCCGAGAAUAUCGCGCGAGUGAAGCGCGACGAGGCCGAGGCGAAGGCCCGUGAGGAAGAGGAUGAGCGUCGGAUGCAAGAGGUCGAUGCCAAGCGCCGGAUACAGAUAUUACGCGGCGAGCGCCCUUCCACACCCCCACCUCCACCGCCGAUACGCUCUUCGUCAGAUACAAAGAGUCGUCCAGACAGAGAAGGUGCUGGCGGACCCGAGAGGUAUCGCAAGAAACGGCGGCUUGCCGGAGAAGACGAUACGGAUAGGGAUAUCAGACUGGCCCGAGAAGAUGCCGCCCAGGCUCAUGCUAAACGAGAAGAACUUCUUUCUGCGUCCCGUAGUGAUGAUAAGAAAGCACAAGUCCCCCUUUUGGAUAAUGCAGGUCACAUCAACCUCUUCCCAGCCGAAGGUGGCAACAGAAAGGCCGAAAAAAACGCCGAGGCCGAGGCCGAGGCGGAGAAGGAACGACAAGGCUAUGAAAAUCAGUAUAUGAUGCGAUUCUCCAAUGCUGCAGGAUUCAAAGAAGACGUGGGUCGAAAACCAUGGUAUUCGUCAUCUGCCCAGGCCCUAGAAGCACCAGAUUCCAUGUCACAGAAGAAUGUGUGGGGAAAUGAGGACCCAAGGCGCAAAGAACGGGAGAAAGCCCGUAUGGAUGCCAGCGAUCCUCUGAUGGCUAUGAAACAGGCCGUACGCCAAUUAAAAGCUACAGAGCAGGAGCGAAAGCGAUGGAAUGAGAACAAACAAAGAGAGCUCGAAGCGCUGAAAGCUGAAGAAAGUCGUUCUUCAAGGCAUCGUCGGAGGCGACGAUCCAAGUCUAUAGAUAGUUUUGGCAACUUCAAGCUCGAUGCUCCUGCGCCUAGAGAACGCGAUGACAAGGAACAUAGGAGUUCUCGUCGAUGUCAUGAGAAUCGUCAUCAUCACGGAGACCGCAGCCGACAUCGCAGCCGCAGUCGCAGUCGCAGUCGGCAUCGUUCACAUCGAAGCUCCCGCCAUUCUCUAGACCGUUCUUAUCGCCGCUCUCAUGACAGGGCAUGUAGAGAAAGCAGGCAUUCCCGCAAAUCUGAGAAGACUACGGCUGAGCGUUGA